AUGCCGGGCGGCCCGGGCUGGCCUGGUUCGGCCAGGCUUGUGCGAGGGCCGGCCCGUCACUCUCCUGGCCCCCGACCAUUUCGUAAGCCCGGCACGGCCUCAGCGGGGCCUCAAGAAAAAAUGGCCCGCCCGGCCCAAAACGCGCAAUUUUUUUCUAGUCGGAUAUCGAGUUUUUUUACGACAACAAUUACGUUUUUUUCAUUUUUUCACUUAAAGUUUAACGAUAACUAUCAUUUCAAAAGUAAAAAGUAACAUUUUGGUGAAAAAUUUUUUUAAAUGAAUUUUUUUAAAUUUUUUUGAAGCCCGGCCCGGCCCGAGCCCACGCGGGCUUUUACCUGAAAAUAAGGCCCAAAGCCCGGCCUGUCGCACAAGCCUGCCCAUAGGUAGCUAGUUAAAACAUUUGAGAAGAAUAUCGAGUCAUUUGUACAUACCUUUAUAAAGAAUGAACACAGCUAUAAAAAGCGCGUUGACCUUGUGAGUAGUUUUCUGUCCUUGAUUUUUCUGAAAUUAGCUCUUCUCUUCAUUUCAAAUGUUCAUGUAUGCAGGUAUAUGUAUUGGAUGGUUAAUAGUGUAUGAAGAUUUUUUUAUUUUGGUCUUCGUUCAAUUCUCACGUUAGUUCCCGACCCGAAAAUGUCAUAAAAUGCGUACUCAAAAGGUCUGCGGGGAACAGAGUCGAAAGAAUGAAAAACAACCUUGUUUUUCCCAAAUGUCAUUCUUUUCGCUCUUUUUUCGUUUUAUUUUUUAAGUUAUUUUUGAGAGGUGAAAAAUAUAAACUGGAUCGAGAGCGCUUCGAAUUUCAUGUUUAACUUUGAGGUUUAUGCGUCCAAUCUAAGCUCGAUUUUGAAUUAAAAAAAUGUUUAUCUGAACUUACCAGAAAAACGAGGAGUGAUUGCAAUACAUAUUUAAUAUGGUAACGCAGGCCGCUGUUGGAAAUGCCGAGAAUUAUGUUUUUUUAUGGUUUCUCACUUUGGAAGAGCGCCUUUCAGUGUAUUCAAAACAUGAUUAGUUUUGCAGCUUCUCGUUUCGAGGUUUUUUUUUGGAAAAUGUAUUUUUUUUAUCUAUCAACGAGUACUUCUCAUAUGUCUGCAUUCUAAUUAGUUAUUUACUUUCCUGUUAUUUUUGAUCGAAGAAAACUCGUUAGGGUGAUUCUGUGAUUCACUGAUCUGUGAUUAAUUUAUAAUUAAUAAAAAUAUGAAUCUGUUUGAAGUUUUGAAUUUUUUUAAGUAUUAAUAAGUAAAUUGUAUCUGAAUUCAAAAAAAUUUUUAAAUUCGAAAAAAAGUCCUAUUUUUGUUCCGUGAUUAUUUUUCUAAAUUGUUUAGACACUAAGCGAGACUAUUUUUUGUUAAGAAUGAAAUGCUCUCAAAAAGAGUUUGGUAUAAAAUUAGUACGAUAGGCUCGUACUUGAGUGUUCUUUUCUUUAAAUUUUCCUUCUUGGUUAGUUGAUUGUUGUAGGCGCCUGUGUUCUCGCCGAGUUUUAUUUGCUUUGUGUACAAGCCAGAGGCUCUCGCCAACAAUUCUUUGAACGUACGUAUACCGAGUUUCUCGGACGAAUUUAUUUCACCUCAGACUUUUCUUUGUGUAUGUAUACCUUUUUGCACUCCCGCGUGUUCAAUAUUCACAUCUCAAAGUCUAGUUUUACACUAGCACCUAUUCAAAAAUACUUCACAGAAACUUGCUUAAAGCGAAACGCAUUUGGAUGACUUCCGUUUUGCUGCGUCUGCUGCGAUUUCCGUUGUCUGCCGGCCAGUCACGGCAAGUUUUUAUGAACAAAGUUCGCGGUAGUUUUGUUAGCUCUAGUUUAUGAUUUUAGAAAUAAAAAUUUUUUGAGAAUACCAUGUGUAGGGGAUGAUCUAAAAAGGUUUAACCUUGUAGGAUAAUUUUGAGCCUGUUGCACUGGGUACAAAGACUUGAAAUCAAAGAAGGAAAGCGAAAGAAAAAAAAAGAUAACUUGCAACUUUUUCACGAUUAUUGCGUCAACACAGCGCGACAAGCUAGUUCAAAAAUUUUCUUUCUGCGCUUUCGAUUUGAUCAAUGAGAAAAAAUUUUCAUUUUUUUAAAGUUCCGGAGUUUUUCAGAAGUUAAAAAAGUAAACGAAAUUCGUAAGUUAGUAUGCUAUAAAUGAAUAAAAUAUUCUACUACUUGUUUUGAAUUCAAAAGGUGACUGUUUGUUUUGCGGAAUUCUAAGCAAGCGGUACUGAAGUCCUAAAAAUGCUGACAAUUUCUGCGCACUUUUGACUCGUAAACAUUUCCUUUGUCCACAAUUUUUCAUAGAAAAUAUCUAGUUCUUCUAAUAGACUUCUAUAUCACAUUCAUCUUCUCAUCCAUAAUAAUUGAAAGUUUAGCCGUUAUAUUCGAGUUUUUCUAAAGUUCGAUUUUAAAAAGUGGUUUUCAUCAUUUUGAAAAAUGUUGCUAGUGAGAAAGGUUAAUUGUAAGAAAGGAAUUUCGAGAUCAUCAGUGUGACUUUUGGAGAGUUCUUUAAUGAUUGUAGUCUACGUUCCGCCGGUUCGUAGUUUGUCGCUUUCUAGUUUUAAACGUCUUUAAGAGAGUCUUUCAACCCGCAGAGUCCCAAUUCACACGUGUAGUUUGUAGGGAAAGUGUUUUUUUUUCUUGUUUUGUUUUUUAUCUUUGAAAUUUUUUGAAAAAAUAUUCAGAAUUCCCCACUCAUUAAAUAUCACUAAAAUCGCUAAAUAUAAAACUAACCGUUUCAUUUUUUUUCCCACGCCUUUUUCCCACAAAACUAUUGAAAAAAUAAAAAAGGUCAGGAUAAUCCGCGCCGUUCGAUAAAAAGAACUAGAGGUUUCAAUUUGAGAAGAAGACAUGUUUUAAAAAAAUAAAGUUCUUAACACGCAUGUUCAAGGUGGCCGGUCGUAUUACGGUAGUCAAGCAAGGUUUUUCGAGAAUAAAAGGAAAACUUGUUUGCUUUUUGUGAAGUAAAUUAUUUUGUAACCUCGAUAAAUAGGUUUAAAAAAAAAAUUUAAAAAAAAUUGAAAAUUUCCUGGCUCCGAAACUGACGGCGCAAUAUUUACCGGCCACCGGCCGCCGUAGCACUGUUUUGAACAUGCGUGUUAAAUAAAAGCUUUGAACCACUAGUAUAACUUUCAGCUCUGCAGAAUUUUUUUUUUUGAUUAAGAAACUGUUUAAUUUUCCUCUUCAAUUUUGAACUUAUUCACCUUGUCUUGCCGUCCUUUCUCUUUUGUUCUUAUGGAAAACAUCAAAAAAACUGUAGUUUGGCGUUCAGGAUGUUGUGCUGUCCACCUCCCGUGGGUCCGGACACAGCGCUCGAUGACUCGCCGAUCGUCGAGCAGGUCAUCGGGAAGGCUGCUGAUGUGCCUCCCGGAUCGUUCGUUACCUUCAUAGGCUGGGAUGACGUACUGAUUCAGAAAGAAGAUGUUCGAGGUGAACGAACGCAAGAUCCUCGUGAUCAACGACAGCGGAAGGCUCUUCGCCAUCAACGGCCUCUGCAGCCAUUACAACUUCCCGCUCGAUGGAGGUCUGCAUUUCCUUUUCCUGAAAGUUGUUCUCGGCUUCUUUAUACGCAUUCGGUUUGAGGGGCCUACUCAAAGGGGAGGAUACGCUGUCCUCUGCACGGCGCCUGCUUCAACGUGGCGACCGGCGACAUCGAAGAUUACCCGGGAUUCGACAGUCUCCACACUUUCAACGUUCUGGAAUCACAAGUUUUCCCGCUCAACCUGUUUUUUGAAGGUUUCGGACAAAAACGGGGACUUGGUGAUCAAAACGACGGAGAAAAGGCUCUCGAAUGACCGCAGGACUCGCACCAUGCCAACUCUCAAGAAGUGCGAGGAUAUCCCCAUCGUCGUCAUCGGCUCUGGUGAGAAACUGCCGGGAGUUUUCUCAACAUUAUACAUUUUUGGAAUUUUUCUCGUCUCUUAUUCUGACCUUUUUCUAUCACUUUCUAUUUCCGUUUUCCGAAUCUAGCGAUGUGCUUAUUUUCAGUAGACUAUAAGUUUCAUCAUAUUAUAACCAAACAAAAAUGUACGCAGUACGAUUUUAUUCCUGAGGAUUUUUUUACGAAGGAACUAAAGAAGUUUUUUUUUUCAAAUUUGAUCACUUUUUAUGAGAAAAGUUUCGCAGCGACGCUUCGGAAGCAUGUAUCAAUCUAGGGACUUUUCAGACUUUCCUUCUCAUUUUUCACUGGCUUUCAAACUUCCCGAUUUCGAAACACGAUCUUUCAGGCCCUGCGGCGGCAACUUUCAUCGAACAUUCGCGACUUAACGGACUCGCAACGCCGAUUCUGGUCAUCUCAGAAGAGUCCUUCACUCCUUAUGAUCGUGUCCUUUGCAGCAAGGUACCUUUAAUUCAUAUUCCUCCAUCGCUCCUCUAAAUUUUUGUAUGAUUUUAUUCUUUAAUGAGCCGCGAACGAUCCUUUUUUCAAACAUUAUCACAUUUAAAAGCUCAUAAUAAAAAUAAAAACCUUUUUGUGCGUUCAGAAACCUUCGGCCGGCGGUAAGGACAUAGCUCUCCGUGACGACGCCUACUACGCUGAACGCCGUGUUAAAUUCCUUCUAGAAACUUCUGUAAGAAAAUUUUUCUUUUAUGGGACCUGCAACUUUUUUCAAAGAAGUUGUAAUUCCAGGUGACCGGCGUCGAUACUAACGGCCGUCAAUUGAAACUUUCGAACGGAGAAAAGCAAAUUUACUCGAAGUUGGUCAUUGCAACUGGAGGAAAUGUGCGAAAGCUGACGGUCCCCGGCGCUGAUCUGAAGGUUAAUUUUGGCCUUUCUUUUGAUGAUCAAUCCUCAUUCAGAACGUCCACUAUCUUCGGAAGGUACAGGAGGGCAAUGCGAUCGCCGAAGGAACCACCGGGAAGAACGUCGUUUGCAUCGGAGCGUCGUUCAUUGGUUUGUUUUCAGCUCAACGUAUUCUUGAGACGAAGAAUUUAUUUUGGGUUUUUUUUAUAUUUCUGAAAAAAUUUUAAUUUUUUUGUGUUCCAAUGGACAUUAAUAAUCGAUAAUAGAUGUUUAUAGAGCAUGAAUUAGGAAUAUUGAUUGCAGGAAUGGAAAUCGCCUCUUCGAUCAAGGAUCAAGCGGCGUCGGUGACUGUGAUUGCUACUGGAGAAGAACCGCUUCCCGUCUUUGGCCCCGAAGUCGGACGAGGCAUCCGAAAGGUUUAAUUCUUCAGUUACGCUUUGAUUACGAGAUAAGUUCCAGAAGUUUGAAGAGCGCGGCGUGAAGUUCUAUACAAACGCCAAAGUCGUGGCUCUGAAAGGCUCUGGCGACGCCGUUUCCCACGUCGUUCUGAGCAGCGGCGAGGAAGUUCCUGCGGAAGUUGUCGUCGUCGGAAUCGGUUAUUUUUUUUGUUUCCAUGGAAAACAAAACGAGGUAGAAGCUUAAUACGAAGUUUUGUCAGAUAAUUGAGUUAACUUUAGUUGUGAUUUGAGAAUCUGAAAAAACGCUUUGGAGAAGACCAAGCAAAUUACUCAUAAAAGAGGAUUUGUGUUGAAUGAAUAAUGUUUUCUUCGGCUAGCUGCAAAGUUUUUCAACCAAAGGGCACUUUUUAGGACGUUGCGAGGUAUUAAACUAGAACGUGUGUUUAGGUGUCACCCCAGCCACUGAGUUCCUCAAGGGAAGCAAAAUCGAAAUAAACAAGCAGGGCUACAUUCCCGUCGACAAGCAUUUCCGAGUUCGUCCCCUUGUCCUACCUGUAUAUUCGUCUUCAGACCAACGUCGACUACGUCUACGCGAUUGGAGACGUCGUCAGUUUCCCGUUGCCGCUUUGGAACGUCGAAUCCCUCAAUAUCCAGCAUUUCCAAACUGCUCAGGCCCACGGUUUCAUUUGAUCUCUUUUUUUAAUUGAAUCUUUUUUUCGUUUAGGGCAGAAUCUCGGCUACUCGAUUGUCGGAAAACCGCAACCUGGUCCUAUUGUACCCUACUUCUGGUCACUUUUCUUCUUCGCCUUCGGCCUUAAGUUUUCUGGUGAGGCUUUUCGCGAAGAAUUAAAACAAAAAUUUUAAAUUGAAUGAUUUUGGAAAUCAAGAUCAGUAUGAAAGAGAAAACUUGUUCAGGAUGUUCGGUUGGAUCCGAUGCGACGAUUACCCACGGCGACACUGAUGGCGACUUCGUUAAGUAUUACCUGAAGUAAGUUUGAAGUCGUGUACCUUCAAGGCUGUCCAAUCUUCGGGGAAAAUAAGAAUCAGAAAUAUUGUUCAUUUCAGAAACGACAAGGUCGUCGCCGUGGCUUCUGCGGGUCCUUCCAUCGCCUGUCCCGAGUUUUCGGAACUUUUCAAGCGUGGAAUCGCCAUAACCAAGGCCGAUGUUGAGAAGUGAGAAACUAAAAAUCUUUAAAACAAAAAAAAAAAAACAAAAACAGACUUCCAGAUGACUUUCAGAACAAAUAUCUCUUCGGAAAUACGUGAUUUUGCAGGAAUACGAAGGACGAGUGGGCCAACUACCUCGAUUGA